AUGACCUACCGAGGAAAGCAGCCAGCCGCAGAGACCCUUAUGACAGAAAGCAUAGAUCUGCAUGACGAGUUGAGAACACAGCAUGAUCAACCUAUUGAAGAUCUCAUCCAGGUGCCACUCUCCGAGAAAGACCCUGAGAAGACUGUCCGGGUCAGCUCUCUCCUAGACAACCACCUACAUGAAGACCUCAUCCAGCUUCUCAGGGAACACACUGAUGUGUUUGCAUGGUCGGCGGCAGACAUGCCAGGGAUUGACCCCAAGGUCAUCACCCACUGUCUCAACUCCGACCCGCUUUAUCGACCAAUCAGGCAGAAGAAGAUGAGCUUCGCUACAGAACGGUGGCAAAUCAUCAAUGAGGAAGUCCAAAAGCUACUCGAUGCCGGCUUUAUCCAGGAAGUAAAGUACCCAGACUGGCUGGCCAACGUAGUGAUGGUGAAGAAAGCAAACGGGAAGUGGAGGAUUUGUAUUGACUUCAAUACCUGA